UUGUUUACUUGAAGUGAACAUGGCGACGAAAACACCUGUUAAAUUUGACAAGAAUGGUUUAGUUUGAAUCCAUCAUCGUAAAUUGUUGUCUGCCACUAUGGAGUUUGAUUUUAACGUGAAUCCCCUUCUUGCAGACAUAAUCACCAAAUUAGAUAACCGAUUGAUGCCAAGUCGAAAUGGACAGGGCAGAAAUGGAGCAUUACAGUUGCGACAACAGUUAUAUGAAGUUCUGGAUAAAAUGGGUGAAGCCUCUGCUAGAGCUCAAGGUUUGCGUGGUGCCAUUACAAGUGGAAGAAAAAUGGAAUUAUCAGAUCAUAAACUUUACAUAAUGAAAGAUCCAGAAGGCUCCAGUGGUAGAGGGGCUGUCAUAGGGUUUUUAAAGACAGGAAAGAAGAAAUUAUUUGUUUAUGAUUAUAAUGGACAUCACCAUGAGAUGGAGCCACUGUGUGUUCUAGAUUUCUACGUUCAUGAAUCUCGACAACGGAUGGGUUGUGGAAAGAGAUUAUUUGAGUAUAUGUUAAAGUGUGAGAAUGUGGUACCUUGUCAUCUGGCUAUAGAUCGACCCUCCAUUAAAUUUUCAUCAUUUUUACGCAAACAUUAUAAUCUUAAAAAACAGAUACCUCAGACCAAUAAUUUUGUAGUUUACGAUGGUUUCUUAGAUCAACCAGAUGCUGGUAGAAGAAGAAAUGGUAAUAGAGCAUAUACAAGUUAUCCAUUCAAUGGUUAUGAAGAAAAUAGUUGCUAUGGUUACAGAAACAGAGGAGGCAACCCUGAUGGACCCCUGAAUGGAUAUAAUGUAAAUCGUCCCCCGUCUGGUUCAAACAGACAAAACUAUAACAGACCGCCCUCCGGCAAAAAUUCUUACAAUAGAGCGAAAAAUCAAGUUCACCCAGAAAAUCAAAAUAUUGAAUCAAACUCUUACGAUCGUCCUCCAUCACAUACACGACCUCCAUCAGGUCGAAAUAGGUCAGUUGUUCAACCCGAAGGUCAAGGUCAGGUCAGGAGUCGACCUUCAUCUGGUAACCAAGGUUACAGACCCUCAUCAGGAAAUAAAAUAACUCUAGAUGCUUUAAAACAGUUGAAUUUAGGACCUAGAUCUAAAACAUCUUUACCCAAUACUCCACCACAACAACAGCAACAUUUAAUGAUAGAUAUGAAUAAUUUACGAAACAAUGAUUCUGGAGUAGCUGGUAUUAAUAUGGUAUAUAGACGACAACCCCCAUCACCUCAACCCCUUCACAGACCCAACUCGCAAAAUACCAGACCCUCAUAUCAAACACCAACCAGACCAGACAGUCAGGAACGACCACCGCCAUAUAGAGUAAAUAAUCCGUCCCAGGUCAGUCCUCAACAGAUAAAUCUACACCAGGAAUAUCUUGGACAUGGUGGACAUCUCAAAGUUAAUCCUGUUACUGGUGAAAAGAUAACCUCAAGUUUACCAAAGAUAAAUGGGUGUGAUAAUAAAACUGUUGCCGUUAGUAACCCCCCUCCAUUAAUAUCAUGGCAGACGACACAACAGACAGCACAUCAAGAUAUCUCCUGGACUGUUGGAAAUAUUCAACACAAUCGUGGAAGACAUUAUCAGUCUCGAUUAUGGUGAACGAUAGAAUGAUAAAUACAUUUUACUUUUUAAUUAGUGAGAAAUCAUGUUGAAUAUGUUUAUUUAUUGUGUUGAUAUAACACCAGUGUAUUCACUAGAUGAAAACACCGGUAUUACAGUGCUGAUAUAACACAGGUGUUUUCACUGGACAAUAACACCAGCACUAUGUUGAAUGGAUCCAGUUAACAGAAAGGAAAAUUUGAAUGAAAUUUGAGAAAAGAAAUGAAGAUUUCUGAUUUUUAAGUGACCUGACCAAUAUGUUAGUUUUAUCACAUUUUCCAGACAUACCUAGACUAAAGAUCUUAUAUCAUGCACGCACAUGUGAUGGCCUGUUAAUGCAUACAUAUUUUACAACAAUUUAAAGUGUAACGACUUGUAACAGAUAUUUAAAUUAUGGUAGUUUAAUUCCAGCCACCUGUUAUCCAACAGACAUGUUCGCAAUUUGCUCUAGAUGUGCUUCAUUGGCAAUGUCCUCAGCACCAGAUAUACCUAUUGGCCUGGUAAGCUGAAGUCUGGCAGUGAAAUCUAGGCGCCUCCAGCCAAGGUGUUUGCUAUUUUUGACACUCUCAUAAGCCUUAUUUACAGGCACUCUAGUCUUAAACAACUGCCAUCAUAUCAUCCUUGGGUUACCUCAGUUGUUUAAAACACACUUUCAUCUUCCUCUAAAUCUCUAUUCUUCAGCACCUAGAAAUGGACAUGGAUGGGUCGCAAUGCAUAUAAUAAUGUAAUAUGAAUGUAUAUAAACUGAUUUACAUGCUAUCGUUUCUGUUUUUCUAUCAUUUCUAAUCAGUUAUGUUCCAAAUUGAAUGGCAGUCUUUGGUGUCUGGUUAUUCCAGUCUGCCCCGGUAGUAUUCUCCUGUGGGAUAACCUUUGGCCAUGUUCAUCUUGUUCAUCGAGUUGCUAAAUACAAAUUGAGUUACAGACUUGACUCCUUUAAAUGUCCAAAGUAUUGUUUUGAGGAGACAAAACCCCAUUCUAUUCCAUUCAUUAAAACUGAUUGUUGUACACUUUUAUCAACUGUGAUAUCUCUGUCAUGUACUAUGUUUAUUUAUUAUGUAAAAUCACCAUAAUUAUAUUGUUAAUAUCAAUUUAUAGAAAUAUUAUUUAGGAUAUAAAAUAAAAGAUUUAAAAACUG